AUGGAAGCACACGGCAUACGUAUUGUUGAGAUUGAUGGAGUUUCUAUUUUAACACACGACGGAAAUAUUCUUAACCCGUUUUCCGAGAGAUUUACGCAGAGAUAUUUAACGAAUAUUGUAGGUUGUUCCAGCCUCCGUGAAGACAUUCUAUCAACAAUCAAUAACCACUUCGACAACCACUCAAAAGACCAUUAUGCACGCAAAAGUGUUGUAUCUGUCGGUCCCUCGUCUGAAAUAGCAGGAAUCAAGGAAUCUAAACUAAAUGUGUGCAAAAUUUGCUUUAACCAUUGUGCCCAGGACUACAUCAAUCAGCAUCUCAGAAAAGAGCAUGGCAUUAGGAGGAGUUUCCAACAUCACGUCUUCAGAACAACCGGGUAUGCAAUUCCCAACCAAAAGUGCGGCUUUUCCUAUUUAUACCGCGAGAAAGAAAGCACCAAACCACCAACGUCCAUGACAACCAUCGAAGGUCCGCAUACACAUCGCCGACACGAGGACAAGUUCCUCCGCACAAUCAACGCGAACUUAUAUUAUGGAAAGGGGUACCCGCAGUAUCUAUACGGCAAAAACAAGGAAGAGAGCAUACCGGUGUUUGAGGCCGUCAAGAAGUAUAUUCUCCAAGACAGACCACAUUUGAAGGGCACGCAUCCCAUUUACAACCGGAUGUUGCGAGAGGGUAUAUUGAAGGUGCCGGUUCUCCAUAAGACCCGGGUGAUAUAUGCAAACUACGCCAGUCGCUUUUUCUACACGUUUGCAAAGUUAUGCGAUAACCGAAUCAUCGAGGAAGUGGUGACCAAUCCCACGGACGAAGUGGUGAAGCGAGCGGUGAUGGAGACGAUCGAAAGGUAUAUUGUGGUGGAAGAAGACACAACGGAAAAGUUUAUGAAAGCCGUGAUUAUCUCGUUGAUGCUUCCUGACGACAGAUUUGCGCAGUCGAAGGUGCGGGCCAAAAUCCUCGAUGGAAUCAACUAUUUCUUGAAGUUGGCCAUAGCAGAUUAUAUGUUGAUGAGAAACAAAAGCAAAGAGAUUAUUAAAAACUGGGAGAAUCUAGCAUACCAGGCAUUUGAGUCCACACGGUCAUACAACCAUAAAUUCAAUAGGACGUUGCCGGCUUUCCAGACGAUAGUCGACCAGCAGGAUAACCGAAAGGUGAUGAUCGGGUCGGUUAGGUUCAGCACUCCUGACCUCGGCAAGUUGGUUAGAUGUUUGGUUCGGGAGUACCAUACCACGGUUCGAAACUUGCUACCGGACGGGAUUUUGAUGGUGGACGAGCUAUAUGACGAGUUCUGCAAGCACGCAAAAGAUAUGUUCAGCUGCACGGAUUUAGGGUAUAGUGUUUUCUAUGGAACCAACGAACUCAACAAGCUCUCGUAUCAGCAGCGACGUACGUACGAGGAAGCCAUCGGUGAUAAAUGGAAGGAUCAAAAAUAUAUGAGAAGCAAGUUUGACCAGUUCACCAGGCUCAACUUGAAUCUCUUUGUGUGCAUCUUGAUCACCUGUGGCAGUCCAUUCCGGGUGACGGAAUUGCUCACGUUGACGUUUGCCAACCCGACGGAUUUGGUGCGUACGAUGUAUUAUUCCAACGGGCAUAUUCAGAUUAAUCUUCUCUAUAAUAAGAAUACGCAUAGCAGUAUGCGAUAUUCGAACCAUACCAAGAUGUUGCCGAUUGAGGUUUCCAAAAUAGUGGUCCAUUACGUCUCUAUUAUCAAAUAUUUGGAGGUCGCAAUCGUGGAGGAGCAUGGAUGGGCCAAGGCCAAAAGCGAUAUGAGCGUUUCUGACGAUUGGGGAGACGACGAUGAAUUUGACGAGACGGACGGAAGUGAUCUGGAAGACGAGGCCAGCUUGUUGGCGUCCAGGGCGUUAUCGAAGAAAGAUGAGAUAAAGACGCUUUUGUUCAUGUAUAAGCUCGGGCCGAGAAACGGGGGCCAGGUGUUCAAGUAUUUGGAGCUGGUGAGCGAAAAGUAUAUCAAGGAGAAGUAUACGCCCAGGAUUUUACGGCAGGCGUUGGUCUAUUUUACGCGGACGCUCUUGGGAGAAGCAAAGCAUCAGGGGGUGGGGAUCCUCAAUCGGAUUGAUUCCAUUGCAGGGCAUAGGUCAGAGACCGCCGAUUUGCAAUACGGAGUUACGCAUAGCAAUAUGUAUCUUCCUAGCGCGGCCAGAAAUAAUAUCGAUAUCCAAAUCUCAUUUGCAUGGCAUAAGAUCUUGGAGUUGGAAGAUAAGGAGGUGAAGGACGAGGCUGGCCCCAGCAAUAGGCAGGAGUUGAAGAAGCUUCUUUCGAUGGUUGACGUGGGCAAAGAAGAAAUAGAAGAAGUUGGACGAAGGCUAUAUGGUAAUUUCAAGUUUGAAUCGAUGAGCCAGGUGCAUACGGUGUACGACGCAUUUCAUAGCGUCAAGGAUCUUAUGGUGAUCAGUCCGACUGGAUCGGGUAAGAGCAAUGCAUAUAAGAUGCCUAUUUUGAUGGAGAAGAAGUUGCGGCUUCCGUUUGUCAGUUUCAUCAUCUGUCCUUUCAUCAGUUUGCUUGAAGACGUAAAGGUAAAGUUGAAGGAGCUCGGGGAGCUAGAGGUGGAGAUAUUCGAUAGCGAUAUGGUUCACGAAUAUUAUAGCAAUUGUGAUAUAAUUGUGCUUCAGUUAGAAAAAGUGCAGGAGGUAGCGGGGCUAGUGCGGUAUUUUGAAUCGGGAUCUGUCUUUCGAAGAGUGCGGCGGCUAAUCAUGGAUGAGGCCCAUGCAUUGAUCGAGCAUCGGGAGUUUCGAGGCCUGUCAGUUUCGCGAGUGCGCGAUGUCUUGGGGGAGGAUAUCCCCAAGCUUUUUCUAACGGCGACGUUUCCCAAGGCCAUGGAAAGGGAAUUAUGCGCGUUAUUUGGUAUAUCGGAUUGGCGGGUGCAUCGUGAAGAGACGAUCAGAAAGAAUAUUGAGCACGUAGUCGUCAGAGAGCAUAUAGAUGUCAAGAGGGCGUUGCGCGCGAUAUACGCAAAGGAAAUAAGGCCUCGAAAGACGAAGGGAAUUGUGUUUGUGUAUCUGCGGGAGAUGGCAAAGGAUCUUGGCGAACGGCUAGGAUGGAUGGUGUUUCACGGAAAUAUGAUUCCCGAGGAAAAAGCAAAGGCAUAUAAGGAAUUUGCAGAUACGGAGAGUGCCAUGAUGGUUGCGACGUCGGCGUUCAGCCAUGGCGUAGAUGUUGAGCGUAUCAGCCAUGUAAUAGCUAUCGGCGAUGUUCCCGGUAGUGUUGAUUUCCAGCAGGUGGUGGGAAGAAUGUGGAGAAAGCAAGGGAAUAGAGUCGGUCGGUCGAUUAUUUUGUUGGAGCCCGGGAUGAGGACGGGAAUAAUCCGGGGCGAUAUGUGUGUGAACGGGGUUUUGGCGCAGGAAUUAGACGGUAAAAUAGAUCAGAAUUGUUUGUCGCUAGGGUGUGUUGUGUGUUCUGUCUGCGAUAAUAAUAAGUGUAUCAGAAAGGAGGAGCUAGAAGACGAAGAGAUGGAAGAAGCUAACCAGAGUGAGGAGGUAGAAGAAGAAGAAGAAGAUCAAAACGAGGAGGAGGAUGAAACGUUGAGACGGUUGAGGGAGUGCAAUUUUAAUAUUCUAGUUAUGCAUGGGCUCAGCAGAGGUACGGUUGGCGUUGGCGAGUCGCUAGGAUGCUAUCUUCGGGGCUUUUUUCCAACGAUUGUUAUCACGGGGCUUUUGGAGGAGCUGUCAGUAUGCAGAGGGUGUCUAUUAUCAGAUGAGCAUGCAUAUAAGCUCGAUGUCCGUCAUGAAAGCGUAAUGCAUAUGACGUGCUCUCUUAGUCCGCUUCUCCACGCUAUUCUCAUGUUGCUUUUUUUCUCCAAGAAAAAUGCCCGGGCCAUGAUCCAGGAGGAGCUUCUGAUGCCCACGGUUAGUGAUAUAAUGAUGGGGAGGAUACGCCAGCUCCUUGAUGAUACAUAG